AUGGGGCAACUCUACACGAUCUAUGGCGUGUGCAGCAGCGGUGUCGAAGUGCCGUUGCUAUAUGCGAUUUCUACAAAGAAAGCAGAACAGGCAUCGGUAGUCCCACCUGCUCCACGAAUUGUUCUGGAUUACGAAUGUGUUUCCGGAGGCUACGGUGCAGGGCUGCGCCUUCCAUCUUGUGCAGGCCUGGAACGGCAGCGCGACAGAUUCGGUGUAAGGCCGUUUUGUGCGCAGAAGUCCAACGAAGUGGCGGGAUUGACGUGGUAUGAAGGGAUGUUUGCCGAUCUAUGGGAUAAACAUGGCAUAAAGGAGUUGCGCACAGCAAACUUAGCCGAGGGCUGUCACAGCCAACUGAACACUUUAGUGGACACAGACCACCUUCCUUUGCGUGAGCUGAUCGAAGUUCUUCGGAACCUCGACAGCGAGACCGAGUCGGCGCGGACGACGCUGGAGCAGUAUCCAGCGCACGUUAUAUACAUCAGGCCCAAAGACCGCGAAAGGAGAGAGAAGACUGCGUCUGAGAUGAGGUUUACGGAGCAGUACAAUGGUGGGAUAUCGCGACAUCGCAUCGAGGAAUGCUGCCGAACAAAGUCAAGGCAUGUUUCCGAUAAGACCAUCUGA